UCCAAAAAACCAAGUAACCAACUCCUCCUUCCUCUCUUCUUCUCACACUCCACCACUAAUCCUCAUCGAUUUCGUUCCAGAGACCUCCCCUUCUCCAUGGAUUCCCUCUUCCUCUCCCACCCAAUCUCCUCCUCUUCCUACACCACCAAGCUCCUCAUCGCUUCCCCAUGCCGGAGACAUUUGCCUCUCUCUUGCCCUAUCCUCACUCCGUUCUUCUCCAGAUUGACCUUUGUCGCAUCUUGCCGCCCUUUCGCUGCUGCCCGUCCCGAGGACUUGAUGACCAGCACCAAUUCCAUCUCGGCAAAUAGUAAUGAUUUUUAUACAGUAGGUGAUUUUAUGACUAGAAAGGAAGAGUUGCAUGCUGUCAAGCCUACAACAUCAAUUGAUGAAGCAAUUCGGACUUUGGUGGAGAAAAGGAUCACUGGUUUUCCUGUGAUUGAUGACGACUGGACUUUGGUUGGCGUUGUUUCAGAUUAUGAUUUGUUGGCAUUGGACUCCAUCUCAGGUAGUGGGCAAAUUGAUACAAGCUUGUUUCCAGAGGUUGAUAGCUCAUGGAAAACAUUCAAUGAGAUCCAGAAGCUUCUAAGCAAAACCUAUGGUAAAGUUAUCGGUGAUGUAAUGACAACUAACCCUCUUGUUGUCCGUGAAACAACUAAUCUCGAAGAUGCAGCAAGAUUAUUACUCAAGACAAAAUAUCGAAGACUACCCGUGGUUGAUAGUGAAGGCAAAUUGGUUGGGAUUAUUACCAGAGGAAAUGUUGUUAGAGCAGCACUGCAGAUAAACCGUACAAGUGAAAUUUCUGAGAGCUAGUAUGCAAAAAAAGGGGCUUCAAACCUCAUCGAUGAAAAGGUGGUGUAGGUUCACAUGUGAUUUACAAAAGCCAAAUUAUGCUUGAAUAGAUCGAACCAGAAGUACGAGCAUUGUUCUUCGGUGAUUUGAAUAUUCUUUUACAAGUUCUUGUUGUACAUGUUUAGAAAGCUUUAUGGUCAUCUAAACAGCCAAUUAUGGUUAAGGUUUAGGAAUUUCGGCCACAAAAGGUUUCUGAACAAAGCCGAAAUUACUACAUUUUCUGCUUUGUAUUGCAGAUAUGAUGUCUGAAUUGAAAUUGAACUGCCAUUAUUGUUUCAAACAGCUGAUAAUUACUCUGGUUUCUGUUUUA